AUGUCCAAAGAAGUGAAUCGCACUUCAACAAACGAAUGCGAACCAAAGUUGAAAAAGAUGAAAUUUCACUUGGAUAUCGGUGAUUAUAUGCGUGGAUCAAAUGUCGAUGAUCAAAUGAAGUACGACUAUUUGACCAACCAUUGGGUCCCAAGCAAAGAUUUCGUCUUUCCAAAGCAUGUCCGAACGGUCGGUGGAAAGACUUUUCAUCUGUCUUUUCAGCGAGCGUGGCUGGAGAAAUUCAAAUGGCUGGCAUACAGCCCGGACAAAGAUGGCGCUUUUUGCAAAUCGUGCUUGAUCUUUGCUCCUGAUGUAGGCGGAGGGUCAAAAUUGUUGAAGCUUGUUAACGAGCCUAUGCAAAACUUGAAAAGUGCACUUGAGGACUUAUCGAAGCACGCCAGUAGAACUUACCAUAUCACAGCACAAUUACAUGCCGAAAAUUUUUGUAAUACUCACACUACCGGAAAUGUCGUCGAACAAAUGAACUCUGCAAGAGCUCAGCAAGCGGAUGGAAACAGACGGGCACUCGCAUCAAUAAUUAACGUUGUCAAAUUCUGUGGACGUCAAAAUAUAGCUUUAAGAGGUCACAUAGACCAUGGAGUUUUGUCGAAUCCGACAAAUUUUGAAACCGAAAUGAACGAAGGAAAUUUCCGUGCGCUAUUGCGAUUUAGAAUUUCUUCCGGCGAUCAAGAUUUGUUGAAUUAUGUUCAGAAUGCCCCUCUAAAUGCCUUGUACACAAGCCCACAGAUUCAAAAUAAGAUCAUCACACUGUGCGGCGAAAUGAUCCGAGAGACCCUCGUUAAGAAGAUCAAUAAAAGCAAGUAUUUCGCCGUGCUUGCUGAUGAAACGAGUGAUAUCGGGCGUAUUGAGCAAUUUUCCAUCUGUGCGAGAUAUGUUCAGAAUGAGCACGGUAUCUGCACCCUCCGAGAGGGUUUUCUCGGAUUCGUCGAAGCCGUCGAUUUGUCCGGCCAAGCUCUAGCAGAAUUGCUGAUGUCGACGCUUACGAGCUGGGGCUUGGAGCUGCGUAACAUCGUAGGCCAGGGAUAUGACGGCGUCGCCAACAUGUCAGGCUGUUUUCGGGGAGUACAGGCCGUUGACCAAGCCUACCCAAAAGCGUGUUACACUCACUGCUGCUCGCACUCGUUGAACCUGGUGCUAUCUCACGCGUGUGGAGGCGAAGGGUUGAAACGAACAGUGCGGAGUAUAAGAGACGUCGUUAAUUUUUUCUCUAAUAGUCCCAAACGCACAGGAAUUCUUAAGAAUGCUAUUAUAGCACUCCUUCCACAAAGUCGACACACACGUUCGAUAACAUUUUGCGAAACCAGAUGGGUGGAAAGACAUGAGUCAAUUACAGUAUUCUGCGAAUUAUAUUCUGCCGUUGUUUACUCUUUGGGCCAGAUAGAAGAAUGCAGAGACAGAGAUGCCGCUGAUAAAGCAGAUGAAUUUAAAUACAGGAUAAUGAACGCAGAUUUCAUCUGCCAUUUACGUAUACUGGACAGUAUACUUGGCAUUACAUAUCGACUGUCAGUUAUCCUGCAGUCAAAAGAUCUCGACAUCAUAGGCUGCUGUCAAAUGCUUAACGACGUUAAGGCAGUUUUACAACACAUGUUGGAUAACGCACAGAAGAAAUUUUCAACGAAAUCAGCGUAA